CAGUCUAACACCCGGCUGAGGGCCAGCCUCAUGAGUUAAGUGAAAGGUGCGCGAGUUAUGUGGUUUUAAUCAAAUUAGCUCCAUUGUAAACAAUAAGCACUUGACGCAGGAUGACAACUGUACUAAUUUGGCAGCAGCCCGCGGGGGGAGACUGGUGCGUCUACCCGCCUCGGUGGUCUGAUGGCCCGGAGAGAGUGCAGUCAGUCUGCGGGACCUGAGCUGUAAAUGCUAUUUUGAAAUGUGACCUCCCCCCUCUGUGGAGAGGAGAGAGGCGGCGUACAGGGCGCACACACACACACACACACACACACACACACACACACACACACACACACACACACACACACACAGCUGCUCGGAACCAUGACAGAAGAUGACGGAUACAGUUGUCGUGGAGGGACAAGUCAAGUUUAGAGAUGGAAAAAAGUGGAAGACUCGGUGGGUCGUUCUUCGGAAACCCUCUCCGGUCGCAGACUGCCUGUCUCUGCUGGUCUAUAAGGAGAAGAAGAAAGGGAAGGAGAAGGCCAGUGGCCACAAGGAGCGGAUCAGUGUGACACUGGAGGGGAUCUGUGGCGUGGAGCCAGGCCCGGGGUAUGAAGGGGUAUCCUACACCCUCUCCAUCCUCUGUCUGGCACACACGCUGGUUCUGGGCUUCAGCAGCCGAGACGCCCUGCUGGCCUGGGAUGCCCGCGUCCGCUACAGCCUGGGAGAAGUCCACAGGUUCAGUGUCAAUGUCGAGCCAGGUACCAAACUGGAAAGCGGCCCCGCCUCUCUCCACCUGUGCAACAACCUCUUGGUCCUCACUAGAGGCGUCCCUCCUGUCGUCGUUGGCCACUGGAAGUUGUCGGCAUUGCGGCGGUAUGGUGCGGUGCCGAAUGGCUUUGUGUUCGAGGGUGGGACUCGCUGUGGAUACUGGGCUGGUGUUUUCUUCUUGUCCUGUUCAGAAGGAGAGCAGAUCAGUUUCCUGUUUGACUGCAUUGUCAGGGGCAUCACCCCCAGCAGGGCCCCUCAUGGCUUGCAACCUGUCCUGCCAGAUCCCAAUGCUGACCCAGUGUCAGCGGAGGAAAGAAUCAGCAAGGAAACAUCAGAGCUGGAGAAAAGACUCAGCAUGUUGUCUCAUUGCAGCCUAGCGAGCAGCACUGCUUCCACUUACAGCUGCAGCACAUCUGUUGCCGGGGACGACCAAAGUAGCAUCUCCAGCUCCUCCUCCAGCCAAUCAGAUGUGAGCUAUGGAGGCAGACUUCCAUUCUGGGUGGAGCCGUUAGCUAGGCCGCUUCUCUCUAACGAGACAGCGUCAAGCUCCUCCACACUGAAGGAUUUGAACAGUUCGGAUGACAGGCUUUAUGCUGCUGUGAUGGGAGGCUCCGGGACUCGUCCAUCCUCUGCCCAGCUCCAUCCUCGUGGUCUCAAUGACAGCGGUCGACAGAGCUCAUUGGACAGUGGGAUUGGGAUAGCGACAGGCAGUCAGUCAUCUUAUUCAGGAAGCUUCUCCUCAUGCACGGGGAGUCUGGACACAGCCAGCCAGGCAGGAGGGGAAGACUUUGGCUCUGUGGCCAGCUUGCCUGCUCCUCCUUCUUCAUCUCCUUCUGUUCCUUCCUCCACCCCUCCUCCUCCUUCUCCUUCUCCUUUACAGUCCACACUUACCCAAGAGCACAGUUCAGCUACCUCGGGCUCCUGCUCUUGUGCCUCUAGAUGUGGUUCUCGUGCAUCCCUGAGGCACAGUGAGGAGUAUCAAAUCCCCAGCCUGAUCAGACUGCGGUAUGACACCCCCCGGAGUCUGCUCCAAACCUUGUCUAUAAGGGAACCCUCUGCCCAAGAAGGCCCACCUGAGCUGGGCAGGAACAGCAGCAGCACUGCAGAAGGAGGGGGUGGUCAGGGUCAAAGGUUGAGCAACAGCCCUUCAGAACCCAGGACUCAGUGUCAGGCCAUGAUGCAGCGCUCACACUCCUGGGGCAGUGAAAGGGUGCCCUCUGUGGACAGUGAGGGGAGGUCCACACCUACAGCCAUGCUGCUGCCUGGAGGCUUGGUUUGUGGAGAAACACAGUGCGGCCAUGGUUUGGACAAUUACAUUACACCAGAGCAGUGGCGGUCAGUGAGGAACAGAUGCUUGACUCAGGUUGCCAGCUCACCAUCAGUCCUGUUACCUUCUGAUGAUACACAAGACGCUCCUCUCUGUGUGAGAGAGGAACAUGAUGACAUUGGGGCUGUUGGUGAUAAAGUGGUAGGCCUGAAGAUGUCCGUGCCCUCUCUGCCACCCUCAGCGCCUCCACCUCCACCUGCUACACUGGGCAUGUACAGGCCAACACCAGGAAGUGGUGUGUUCGAGUCUCCCCAUCCAUCUGUGUCCCUGGUCACUGGACUUCAUAGCCACAGCACUGUUAAUUAUGUUAACAUCCCCAUCAGCUCCCUGUCCACUAAAACUAGCAGAGAGCUCCACUGCACGGAGCUGGACCUGCAGGAGCCCAGCUCAGCAUCAGUCUCCAGUCCGUACAGUGCUCUCAGAGAAGAGGGCUCCAUUAUUGGGUACGCCCACCUCGACAACACUGCCAUGGAAACAGCUCAGAGAGUGGGGGCGGAGCAUGUUCAGGGCAGGGAGGACAGACUGACUCAGCUGGAGAGCAGGCGGCGAGGGCCACCAAACUGACUGUGCGACGCCCAACUCUGUGACACUUCAAAAUAGUUUUCAUUACUGAUUUUCUCCAUCUCUCUGAACAAACUGAGUGCUCCAUUUCAGCCGCGUGUCAUACCAAUCUUUGCUGCACGUAAAACACAGUGCCAGUGGACAGCAAUUUCCCACCAACAAUCCAUUCCACUAAGAAGAAAAUAGAAACUGUCUGAGAAGUCUCUUAUACAGCAGCCAUCUUGGAUGUGUUUUGUGUUCUGUUGUGUCGUAAUUUCUCAUAUAUUUAUACUUAAAUUAGUGCUUCCCUGCAUUUCCCUUGAUGACAUUUACCCCAGAAAUACUUUUUAUGGUUGCAUGGCACUUGUGUCUGUUGAGGUUGGAGGAAAAUCUGUCUGCCUCUUUCAAGAUUCUCUCAGGAUGAUUGUUGAGCACCAAAGACUGUUUACCACUGACAUGACAGACAGCAGCUUUGCUUGGCAUCAAGUUCUACUUUGCUGGAAAGAAUUACUUACUUUACACUGUCUGGAUGUUUCUAUACUUAUUAUGAACUCUCUUAGCGAGAGGUCAGAAACUGCCUUUAUUUAAAUUCAAACGAUUAAUCACAGGGUUGAAGCAGAGUAUGAUUACACCAUGAGAUCAAGUCCUUUCUCGUAGCACUGACACAUUACAAUCCACUGUUAAGAGUCCCAGCUUGC